AGCCAGACGGAAGUAGGUGGGAGGUGUGGCGGAAGUGGUUGGGGAGUGAGGAGCCCCAAAGGGGGCGGUUCCCGUUCCAACGCGGAGCCGGAUGUUUGCCGAGCUUUGACAGGCGUGGCAGAGGGAGCUGUGCGGGAGCGCGGUUUCUCUUCAGGUGCUGCCACAGGGAACAGACCUGGUCAUGGAUCCACUCUCAGAACUGCAAGACGACCUGACCCUGGAUGAUACCAACCAGGCUCUAAACCAACUGAAGCUGGCCUCCAUCGAUGAAAAGAACUGGCCCUCUGAUGAAAUGCCAGACUUUCCCAAGUCAGAUGACUCCAAAAGCAGUUCCCCAGAACCUGCCACACAUCUGAAGUGGGAUGACCCUUACUAUGACAUUGCUCGGCACCAGAUUGUGGAAGUGGCAGGUGAUGACAAGUAUGGGCGGAAGAUAAUUGUGUUCAGUGCUUGUCGAAUGCCUCCUAGCCACCAGCUGGAUCACAGCAAGCUCUUGGGGUACCUGAAGCACACUCUGGACCAGUAUGUGGAGAGUGACUACACACUGCUCUACCUGCACCAUGGCCUGACCAGUGACAACAAGCCCUCCCUCAGCUGGUUACGGGAUGCCUACCGGGAAUUUGACCGCAAGUAUAAGAAGAACAUCAAGGCCCUGUACAUCGUGCACCCAACCAUGUUCAUCAAAACCCUGCUCAUCCUUUUCAAACCGCUCAUCAGUUUCAAAUUUGGACGGAAGAUCUUCUAUGUAAAUUAUCUGAGUGAGCUGAGCGAGCACGUGAAGCUGGAGCAGUUGGGGAUCCCUCGCCAAGUACUCAAGUAUGAUGACUUCCUCAAAUCCACACAGAAGAGCCCUGCUACGGCCCCCAAGCCCAUGCCACCACGGCCUCCUCUGCCUAACCAGCAAUUUGGGAUCUCAUUGCAGCACCUCCAGGAGAAGAACCCAGAGCAGCCCAUUCCUGUUGUGCUCAGGGAGACCGUUGCCUACUUGCAGGCUCAUGCUCUCACCACCGAGGGCAUCUUCCGGAGGUCAGCUAAUACGCAGGUUGUACGGGAAGUGCAGCAGAAAUACAACAUGGGGUUGUUAGUGGAUUUCGACCAGUACAAUGAGUUGCACCUGCCAGCAGUCAUCCUUAAGACCUUCCUUCGGGAACUUCCUGAGCCUUUGCUAACCUUUGACCUCUACCCCCACGUUGUGGGCUUCCUCAACAUUGAUGAGAGCCAGAGAGUGGAGGCCACACAGCAGGUCCUCCAAACACUGCCCGAGGAGAACUACCAGGUGCUUCGUUUUCUGACUGCCUUCCUGGUGCAGAUUUCUGCCCACUGUGACCAGAACAAGAUGACCAACACUAACCUGGCUGUCGUCUUUGGCCCCAACCUGCUGUGGGCCAAGGAUGCUGCCAUUACCCUCAAGGCCAUUAAUCCCAUCAACACCUUCACCAAGUUCCUUUUGGAUCAUCAAGGGGAAUUGUUCCCAAGCCCCGAUGCCCAGGGACUCUGAGCUCAGCCACCAGCCCCUUCUCUGUCAGCCCUUGUUGGACUCAUCCUCCUGGCAUCAGCCUUACUGGAGCCUGGAGUGCCUGCCUAGGAAGGGACCCUGAAGCCCUAGGAGAUGGAAGUUGGAACCCACUGACUGGGUAGCCCCUCCUCUCCCUCUGUCCAGCCCACCUCACUGGCCCUGAAGGCCUCUGUUACCAUAAGAUGUUUUCGUCGCCUUACACUUCUCACUGCCUGUCUGGUUGCUGGGCUUUCCAGAACUAGGCUUGGUUCUUCUAGCUGGAGAAGGCUGAGCCCCAGUAACCCUUUUACUUUUUCCUGCUUGUUUCCUGGCAACUAUGGAUGACCAAAUCACUGCCGGCUGGGCUGGUAGCUGGGGCUGGUCCUCUCUUUCCUGAUUGCUAGGAAAUGGAUAGCUAAGCUUCUUGACUUGCCCUGAUUGUGCUGAGGCGUCUUUCUUUCUGAUCAGUUGCUUUGCUUUUUGUUAAGUCCAGCCAUGUGUUGGCUUGGAUGCAAGUACCCUGUGGCUGCCUUCCCCACUAACAACUCAACCUUGGGUGAUUUCACAGCCAAGGAAUGACAAGAGGCUGGAGUUGUCUUGUCCCGUCUGCCUCUUAGGUCCACCUCUCCCAAGUGGUAUUGCCCCCAGGGAGUCCUGUUCGCCAGUUCUGCCAUGACUGGCAAUGUGGAUGAUGAGAAUCAGAAUCCCAGCAUCCAUUGAAAUGGGCCUCCUCUUCCCAGGGUGAUCUCUAGUGUCAGGUGGGAUCAGUGACAGCAGUCUGAGGCCUCCAUGCCUCCCCUGUGUACUCGUAUGUACAGACCCUUGGCCACUGACUAUGGUAGAUCUUUCUGUUGUGGAGUCAUCUUGUUCCCUGUCCUUGCCAGAGGUGACUCAGUGCCUCAGGAUCCAUGGUGGCUCCUGCCCUCCUGCCUGGGAACUCUUGGAGGGGCAGGAGCACAAAACCCCAUAAAAGGUUUUGCCAACAGAUCAGCCCCUACUAGCUAGGUUUGGCAACCUCCUUGAGGGAGUAUGGUGGCCUAGGGGUCCUGUUGUCUUUCAGAAAGCCUGAACUCCAGUGAUGGUUGAUAUUCCUCACUCCUUGCUGAUAAAGCCUGGUGAUCCUCUUCCCUUAAUUCUGGCCCCUGGUAAUAGGGAAGUACCUGCAGGGACCCUGCCCGCUCAGCUGUAGCCAGGCAUAACAGCUCCAGAGCUGAUAUUGGGGUGAGGGGGGUCUGUACUGACCUGUCUUACAGUGAAGCUGGCCUAACCUUGCUGGACUUUCCUGGACCAACUGGUGUGUCAGGCCUCCUGGUGCCUGGAGCUUCUGCUUCUGUCAGUUCCUGGUCUCCAGCCUGGGCCACUCUGCUUUUGUCCUUCUGUGUGUGUAUCAAGUGUUACCCACACUCCAUUUACUGGGGGGCCUUUUGGAUCUCUCUUGUCUUUCUUCUGCCCCCUACCCCCUUGGUCUGUAGCUGGGGCCACUUGUACUGUGAAUCAAGUGUUCACAUUCACCAUGACUUCCUGGGCACCAAUCAUGUAUUUCACCAUUUGCACUUUUUGUAUUUCAAUAAAAAUGGAAAUGGAAACCUCC